AAAUCCCGAAAAAAACUUGAUAAAAAGCAUCGACAAGAUCGUCGAUCAGUUGAAAGUUCUAUUUCAAGGGAAAAGGAAAGUAAAGUUUUAGCAAUGGAAGGGAUUUCUUCUGAAGAAAGUACAGCUCAUUCAGGAAGAAGUGAAGUAUUCGCAAUGGAAAAGAAAAAUUUGUCAGGAAAAAGUCAAUCUUUUUCAAAAGAAAAAACAAAUUUAUCGCGAGAAAGUGAACUUUUUUCAAAAGAAAGGGCAAAUUUAUCGCGAGAAAGCGAACUUUUUUCAAAAGAAAAGGCAAAUUUAUCGCGAGAAAUUGAAUCUCUUUCUAAAGAAAAAGCAAAUUUACCGGAAAAAAUUGAAUCUUUUUCAAAAGAAAAAGCAAAUUUACCGGAAGAAAUUAAAACUUUUUCUAAAGAAAAAACAAAUUUACCGGGAAAAAGUGAACCAAUUUUAAAAAAAGAGAAAAUUCUUCGAAAGAAAGUGAAAUUUCUCCAAGUAUAA